UGGUUGAGACAGAAGCUACUAGCGCUCCGGCAAACGGCGCUGGAGCGGGCAAACUCGGAACUUCUGCGGGACGCACUGAUGAAAGCGGGUCAGUAUCUUAACUACAUAUUUCAGAGAGCUGAGCGGGGUCGAGACGCUGGCUUGGUUGAGAGAGAAGCUACUAGCGCUCCGGCAAACGGCGCUGGAGCGGGAAAACUCGGAACUUCUGCGGGACGCACUGAUGAAAGCGGAAAAGUACACUCCACAAUUCCCGAGCGAUCCCUCGGUGUGUAUAGAAAUGUACCAUCUGACUCUGCUCCUACGAAGCGAUUUAAAUUCGCUUCAGCACCACGAUUUGCAGUCAAUACUGGUGGAAGUCGACCGGUCGUCCACACAGGUUGACUGGAGUACUUGCUCCAAAGAGGCCGUAAGCUCGGUUUUCAAAAUAGCCGUGGGUCACUAUGAUAAAGCACUGGAAACUGGUACAACCGACACAGAAGAUGCCCUAUCAAACAUGUCUGCAGUGGUCUCUCGCGCGGCCGCUCUCAACACGCCCAGGACCGACUUGUUGCUAGCUGUUCUGCUGAACAGGCUGGACGGGCUCCAAGGACAACUAGACAUUGAGACAGCACGGGAUUUGUUAGAAAAGCUCGCGCCUGUACUAGCUACUCUGGACGCGUUCUCCGUCGAGCUACUAGAGAAGAACGCGUACAAGUUCCCACCAGAGCUCCAACGGACCUUAACCGCCAUGCUGCCUAAGGAUGCCAGCUUGGAGAAAUACAGGAGGUGCUUGCAGCUGGUCUGCGAUCCAAAUCACUUGCUGACGCACUACUGUGAAGAGUUAGUUAUGGCUCUGAGAGUCAAAGAUCCUGUCAAAUGGAAGAGUACGUUGGAGAGAAUGAGAGAGAAGAUAUUCGACAACCCGUACGCCGGAGCGAGCUACAAGCUGCUCGACAAACACAAGGGCGAUUUGUAUGGAAUGUAUGAAUUCGAGUCAACAUCAGAAUUCGCUUCCCGCGCAGAAACCAAACUGAAAUCUAUCGUCAUGUCCAUAAGAAGGGAACCACAAUCAACCCUGAGACUGUCGGACCUCUGCCCAACGCUACUCAGACCUCUGGACGAGGGGGUCGAGAGGUGGUUCGGCUUGCGGGGGGUUAAGAUCGUCAAGUUUUAUGACAAGGUGCAAGUAUUCACGGACUCCAUCCGUCGCCCCGUCGUCAUAUCCACGUUGGUGUCAUGUGGACGCACGCAUCGCGUCAUACACAAGACGGGCGAGCAACUGACGCGUGACGCCGCGUCACAACGCGUCGCCGCCGCCCUCAAUGCUACCGCGUACAGCGUGACGUUGCUAGACGAAGAAAGCGCCCUCAUCGAGUUUCUAGAAGGCCACGAACGAGUGAGAUCUAUGAUUGCUACCACUUGUAACUUAAAUGUGCUACACGGCGUGAGUCGCCCGGCCGACGGUCUCCUGGCGGAGUCGCCGGCAGCCAGCUUACAAGUGCACGAACAACUCUGCGCGAAGGUUCCUGCAUCUGCUCUAAGAUCUGCUAUGGAACAGAGCAGCUCAUGUGUUCAAGACUUCAUCUGGAAGAAACGUAAUUUCACGGACUCUCUCGCGGACAUGACACUUCUCACUUGGCUGUUGGGUUUGGGCGACCGUCACCUGCAGAACAUGAUGUGUUCCCGCGCCGGCGCGGUGCGGGCUGUAGACUUCGGUGACGUGUGGCGCCGCGCCGAGCUUCCAGCCAGGCUUACAAGGAACCUGCUUGCAGUUUCAGAUGUUCAAGUGCUGGAAGCCCGUUUGCAGUCAUCACUGUCAGCCAUGCGGGGCUUCGCCCUCCUGCUCGAGGCCGCCAUCCGCGUCGCUUUCCACUGGAUGGAGCCCGAGAUAGAAGACCAGAUGCGGCACGUUCGCGGCAUCCUCCGCGGCGAGGCGACAUCUUACGACGUGUGUCGUGACGUCACAAGCCGCUCCCAACACAAAUACAAAGAGAAAUAUAUACAGCUCUUGGAUCGCACGCUCGGAGACUCGCACAGGGACAUAUAUACUGUCGAAGAACAAAUAUCCUGCUUGCUGCGGCACUGUACGUCUCCGGAGCUCCUGAGCGUCGUCCGCGCCGGCUGGGAGCCCUGGCUCUAAUCUCUACAAGCGUGCGGCUACAU